AUGGCGGCGAAAGAUCCGACGACGACCAGUGAUGACGCCAUUAGAGUUAGCGGUAUGGAGUUCGCUUAUGAAGCUGAGGAUCCUAUAUUCUUCGACUUCAACCUCGAUCUUCCAUCUGGAUCUCGAUGCCUUCUGGUUGGCGCCAAUGGGUCUGGCAAAACAACCUUACUGAAAAUUCUGGCUGGAAAGCAUUUAGUGGGAGGGAAAAACGUUGUGCAAGUGCUGAGCCGCUCUGCUUUCCACGAUACUCAGCUUGUUUGCAGUGGUGACUUGUCUUAUCUUGGAGGAUCAUGGAGUAAAACCGUUGGUUCUGCUGGUGAAGUUCCUCUCCAGGGGGACUUUUCAGCUGAACUUAUGAUAUUUGGAGUUGAAGGGGUAGAUCCCGUGAGAAGAGAGAAAUUGAUUGAUCUUCUUGACAUCAAUCUUCAUUGGCGUAUGCAUAAGGUUUCCGAUGGGCAGAAACGCCGAGUGCAGAUAUGCAUGGGACUCUUGCAUCCAUUCAAGGUGUUAUUACUCGACGAGGUCACAGUUGACCUAGACGUAGUUGCAAGGAUGGAUUUGCUGGAAUUCUUCAAAGAAGAGUGUGAUCAGAGAGGAGCUACAAUUGUAUAUGCAACUCACAUAUUCGAUGGCCUAGAGGCAUGGGGCACACAUUUGGCCUACAUUCAAGACGGUGAGCUGAAUCGUUCAUCGAAAAUGGCAGAUAUCGACGAGCUCAAAACUUCACCAAACCUCCUCUCCGUCGUAGAAUCUUGGCUCCGUUCCGAAACCAAGCUCAAGAAGAAAAAGAGAAAGCCUGUGGCAGCAUGGAAACCAUCUCCAUUCGAUAACUCUCCUUUUAGAUCAUCAAAACACAUGGCUUAUUACCGAUGA